CUCCCUCUGGCGUGAAACAUCCAAUUGAACUGCUAACCCGAGAAAAAACGCAAACCCUCCAACAAACGUCGUCGGGCGAAACGAAAAGAAAUGUAAUUCCAACCGUGCCCCCCUCGUCAUUAUGCUCCCUUCCCUCAUUUGCCAAAACCCUAACCUCGAUCACGAGCUGCGUGCUGUUCCUGCAAUCGGCGACUAAAUCGAAGCUUCGUAAUAAUAGAAGAAGCGGUGAAUCAUAGAGUCGAGUCGCCGUCAUCGACCUUAUCGAUGAAGGCGUCCCUCAAGUUCCGGGAGGAUCGCCAGCCCUUACUGCGGGCCAAGGUCCCCGUCAGCAUCCUGGGCCUCCCAUUCCUCUCUGGCCUCGCCGCCGCCCUCGACGAUGUCCGCCACCUCCGCCUUGACCUCUCCACCGCUUUUGCCUCCGGCCCCUCCCUCCGCCUCUCCUACCGUCCGAACGACCCCGCCGCCCCCUUCUCUCUCGCUCUCAAGACCGGCCUCGGCCCCCUUGGCUCGCCUGCCAUGGGAACCCCCUUCUCCAUGGCCGCCGAGUUCGGCCUUCUCGCCCGCCCCGGCUCUGCCGGCCCCUCCUUCUCCAUCCUCUUCAAGCCCCGCUUCGGGGACUUCGCUGUAAAGAAGACUGUCUCUUCCACCGCCGCCUCGGCAGCCGCUGCGGCUAAGUUCGACCCCCUCGGAGGCACGGAAGGCGACGGCUUGGUCAACGGCGCCGAGACCCCGAUUGUGGGGUUCGGAGGAGAGAACCGGUUCCUUGCGAACGGCUUCGGAGAUGGGAUUCACGGGCUCGUCUCAGGUUUCGAGGUCAGCACGACUAGCGUCCUCCCCUUACGAAGCCACACCGCCGUCAAGUUCAAGUGGGGACUGAGAGCAACGCCAGAGCUCCGCACCGCAUUCCAUGAUCCAGCGGCCGGGAUCUCGUUCGCCAAGCUUCCCCUCCUCGUGAUGAGCAAGAUCUCGAUCGAGCACGGGGCCAACGGCAGGGACGCUCCUGCGACCGAGAAGAAGGGCAGCGACGGCGAGUUGCUGGAGGAGCGUUCGUCCAUGAGGCGGCAAUUGGAGGCGCUGCAGGCGGAGAAUGGGACACUGAGGAGGGCCGUAGAAGAGCUCCGUGCGGAGGUCGGCGGGUGGAAGGCGGCUUCGCCCGCUGCAAGCGGGGAAGACGACAGCAAGGGCAGGUCUAAUUUUGCGGCGCCGGCCGGUAAAAGAGCUCGACGUGGCGAUGAGAAGGCGCCAGAGCACCCCGCCAAAGCGGCGCCUGAGGACGUCAAGAAGGAGCUGAAGAAAGCUUUGGUGAUGGGAUCCACCGGUGGCGGUAUCUAAGCCCGCCCCCUGGCGUUGGAAGGAGACUUGGAUUUUGGGGUGUAUUUUGUUUAUAAUAGCCCCUUGGUAUUUCCUCCUCUUUCGUUUCUUGUUUUGUGUACAUGAUGACCGUGUUUGUAAUGAAGUCGUGUUUUAUGUAAAUACUAUUUUUGAUAGGAUAAGUAUUUUAGAUCAAUCUAAUCAUAUUAAAUGGUGAAUUAUA